CAUUUCAAGAUGGCUGCGCUCAGGGGCAGAGUGGUCACAGAAUGUCUUACAACAUGUAUUUUUCGACAAACAAGUACGCCAAGCGUUUCCACACUUCCUAUUGUUCUGACGCGAAAUGAGUGGUUUGUACAAAGAUCACACCUCCACACUGGCAAAGGAAAUCGGGGUCUAGUUAGAGCACUUCUUGGGUGCCAAAAUCAUGGUCAGUUCCUACUGGUCAAUGCUGUGGGAAUCAGACACAACAGUUCACAGACAGUAGAAACGACGGUUCAAAGAGUAUCGACUCCAAGUGAACCUCCAGAUGCUGCCAUUUCUGCUCCAGCCUCCAUUCCAGCUCCUGCAGUUGACCCCACCCCCUCAGUCACACCACAAAUCACAGAGCAGGUAGCCGAGGCUCCUCUUACUGCGUUGGAUGUUCUCCAGGGAGUCGGAGCUGAAGCCAGCCUAUCAGAACUUGGGCUGUGCAACUCCACACCUGUGGGUCUGAUCCAAAAUCUGCUGGAGUUCAUGCACGUCAGCAUCGGGCUGCCAUGGUGGGGAGCCAUAGUUGCAGGCACCAUUGUUGCUCGGUGUGCUGUGUUUCCAGUCAUUGUAAAGGGACAGAGAGAAGCAGCCAAACUAAACAAUGUCAUGCCGGAAAUGACAAAACUCACCAACCGCAUGAAUGAGGCCAAGCAGAGCGGUAACAAAUUUGAAUUUUCAAAGGCGUACACUGAUUUAAUGAUGUUUCAGAAGAAGAAGGAUGUGAACCCUUUUCGUGGGUUCCUUGUACCUUUGGUACAGGCCCCAAUCUUCCUCUCUUUCUUUAUCGCCUUGCGAAAGAUGUCUGAACUCCCUGUGCCAAGUUUGCAGACUGGCGGCCUCUGGUGGUUCACAGACUUAACAGCAGCAGACCCUUUUUACAUUCUCCCUAUUGCAGUGACGGGCACCAUGGUUGCCAUCUUAGAGUUGGGAGCUGAAUCUGGAGUCGAUAACCCCAAUCUGAGGGCCAUGAAGACCGUCUUCAGGAUCAUGCCCUUUGUGAUCCUCCCCCUGACCAUUAACUUCCCCACGGCGGUGUUUACCUACUGGAUGACCUCUAACCUCUUCUCACUGGCUCAGGUGGCCGUGUUGAGGCACCCAGCCGUGAGACAAAAGCUGCGCAUCCCAGAACGCAUCGUACAUCCACAGUCAGCGCUGCCUGAAAAUGAAGGGUUCUUUGCAACCGUCAAGAAAGGAUGGAAGAAUGCCCAGUUGGCUCAGCAGCUGGAGGAGAGAGAAAGGAGAAUUAAAGGACACCUCGAUAUUGCAGCCAAAGGUCCCCUGAGGCAAACUUUUACCCACAACCCCCUUCAGCAGUCAGCAGCACCGAUGUCAACAGGAAAACCAAGCAAUCCAAAUCAAGGCAAGAAAAGGCCCUGGGAAGAUACCAUCGGUUAACUCCUCCACAAAAACAAAAAGUGUUUGCUUUGUAAAUAUCUGUGUUGAGAAGAAAUAAUGAAUAAUGAAAUAAGUGUUUAAUGGAAACGAAGGUCUUGACAUUAAAAUGCAAUGUGAUUGCC